CCUAGCAAUACCCCUGUAGAAUACGUACCAGGCCAUGACAGCGCGUCUUCACGGUAGAAGAUCGCGUCUGCCCUACCCGCCCAUAAACACCUAUCGCUGCCAAAGAGCCCAGCCCGCCAUCUCGACCUGUCUGUAUACACACAGCGUCCUCGCAGAGCCUCCGCCUGCUCCGUGAUCUUUCUUGUUUGAUAUGUUUCUUAUGCACAAGCUUCUCAAUUACCUGUAUUCCCACUCUCAACACCACUUAGUUAUCUGCUGCUGUCGCGCCAGCAUCCCCGCGUUCUCGUGUCGUUGAUACCUAUAUAGUAUCCCCCCUUGACGUUUGACGCCAUCCCCGACACGAUACGCCUUCCAUGAGGCCCCAAUGACCGGCAUAGAACGCGUCUAGACUCCCGUCUCGUAGCCAUGCAUCUCCCGCGGUCUCUCAUAUCGAAACUCUACCUGCACUUGCAGAACACUCGGCACCCGUUAUCCCCGCCGGUCCUCGUCCUCGUCGCACUCGAGCCCGACGCACUAUGUGCCUGUCGAAUUCUCACGCGCAUGCUCAAGCAUGAUUACAUCCCGCACAAGAUCCAGCCAGUCGCGGGCUAUGCCGAUCUCGAGCGCGUAGGGAGGGAGCUCGUCAGUCCCAUGAUGGAGACGCGUGGUGGCUCGGGCGGAGUCGUUGUCUGCUUGGGCGUGGGCGGUAUGGUUGACUUAGGUGCAGUCCUCGGACUGGAGCCCGAGGGAGAGGAGAACAACACAUUCGGCGGAGUCGAGGUCUGGGUUAUCGACUCGCACAGGCCUUGGAACUUGGCCAACGUGUUCGGUGGGUUCCCUCUGGAACCAGAAACCGAGCUGGCCAGCAGCUUCCAGGCACGUUCACCUGCCGGUGUCGUUGGUGGCCGUAUAGAUCGCGCCUAUAAACCAGGGAAAGGCGGUAUCAUGGUCCUUGACGAUGGUGAUGUUGAGGAACAGCUGGAGAAGGAAAGGCAGGCUUACCUUGCUCUCGUGGACAUGCCUGAUAUCGAGGACGACGGCGCAGACCUUGGCGACAGUGACGACGAUAGUGAAGAGGACGAUGAAGAACAAGAAAGAGACGUCCGAGACAAGACGCCACAAGCCGGCCAGAAACGGAAGUCUCUGUCAGACCAUGACGAGGACGAUGACAGUGAGGAUGACGACAGACCUAGGCAAAGACGGCGUAGCAAUUCUUCGAGUCCCAUUGCCGACUCUCCUCGCCGCCCGCCUCAACGUGGUCUGCUCUCAAUGAGAGACGAUGCUGUCUUCUCAUCCAGCGAUCCAUUAGACCCGCCAACCGCUGCACAGCCGCCAAGGGGCCCCUCGGCACGCAAGCUGAGACGAAGGUUGUUACGCCUACGCCGGGAAAAUGAAGCUAUUCUGCGAGAUUACUACCGGAUAGGAACAUCUUACUCCGAACCAGCUUCAUCGAUGCUCUACUCUCUUGCGUCCGAGCUUGGCCGAGAAGACAACGAUCUUCUUUGGCUAACCAUCGUCGGUGUUACGUCCAUGGAGCUCUACGGGCGGUCAUCAGCAGGAGUUGCGGUCACCGUUCGAACAUCGGAUUCCCGACCUGCGUCCGGCUGGCUGGGCAUGCGCGGCGCCAGAAUACGCCAGUUACUUCGAGACGAGGUCCGCCGGUUGAAUCCCCCUGAUAUAGGACCACCCACUGGCAGGGUCCUUCCCGAAGCCACCGGCAUCAUCCCCACCACAGCGCGCAGUCCCGAGGACACCAGUAUUCGACUCUCCCCGGAGCCCAAAUUCCUACUGAUCAGGCAUUGGAGCCUGUACGACAGUAUGCUGCACUCGCCCUACCUGUUUUCGCGGCUGAAGACCUGGAGCGAGACCGGUCUAAAACGGCUUCACAAGCUGUUGGCAAAGAUGGGUGUGAGCCUAGUCCAGUGCAAGCAGAGCUACACGCACAUGGAUAUGAUGCUCAAGCGGGAAUUGCGGACGAAGCUCCUGAAGUACGCCUCGCUGUACAAUCUUGAUGACAUGGUUCCGGCCAUAGAAACGGACGGCAAAGACCGUGCGGGCGCGAAGGAUGGGUGGGGCUUCGUGCGCAGCUGGGGGUGGCGCGCCACACUGAGUGCACAGGACGUCGGCGUCGUGAUCGGCGCGCUCUUGGAAGUUGGAAAGCAUACCGCGCUGCCCGACACGGCCUUUGAUGCCAGCCGAUCCCAGGAAGCCUCAGACCCAGAUGACGAGCAACUCCAAGCCCAAGGCGAGGAGUGGCUGCCGCGGUUCUGGGACGCAUACGACGCCCUUGAGGACAUUGAAUCCCUCAAGGCCGGAGUCCCCACCGCCCAGUUCCUUCACAAGGCCAUCUUCAACACCGGCACGGCGCUCAUGAAGAAGAAGCAGAUUUCACACUUGCGAGCUUUCCGAAUGUGCAUCGUCAAGGACUCGCCCGAGUCGGUCGUCUUCAACCACCCCGGUGCGCUGACCAAGCUGGCGCUGUGGAUCGGCGAGGCCCUCGCGGAGCAGGAGAAGGACACGGCGGGGAAGCUCGCGCACGGCGGGCGCGGCACGCCCCUCGUGGUGGCGAGCCUCAACGAGAAGCGCGGCGUGUACGUCGUGGUCGGCACGGGCGGCGGGGGCGGGCCUGACAGCGCCUUCGUUGACCGCGCGGCGGCGAAGAAGAGGCAGGCCGACAAAGCGGCCAGGACGAAGCUGAGGGAGGAGAGGAAGCUCAACAGGGAGAAGAUACGGGCGGAGAAGAGGGCUGCGAGGGGAGACGACGACGCGGGCGAGACCGAGUCGGAGGGCUCCGAUGCGUCCGAAUCCGAGUCGGAGUCGGAAGACGAGGACGGGGACGAGGCCCGGGCGGACAGGGGGUACGGGUUGAACAAGUUUGGGACGGCGUUCCAGGAUGUCGUCUCGGAGACUAAUGCGCGCGUGCGCAUCGACAGCUUCGAGCACUGCGUUGUCGAGGUCAAGAAGGAGGACCUGGGCGGAUUCUUGGAGAGCUUGAGCAUGAAGGCCGUUGUCGGAUGAGGUCAGUCAGUCAGUCUGUGGACUGGACCGAGGCACGUACGGAACGAGGAGGGGCAUGACGCCGUAAUGCAUUUCGUUCGUUCUAGCAGCUUUGGCGUUUUCAUGGUUGUCUGUCCCCACCUUAUUCCCCCGGGUUGAUGAUGGAAUGAGAUGGUUCUGGCUGGGUCUAUUUUGUGCAAGGAUUGGGAUGUCGCGUAGUUAUAGGUAGCUCUGAAAUGAACAUAACGCUUCCAUCCGAC